AUGUCGAAACCAACCGCUAUUCACGAUGAGGAUCCACAGGCGUUGAAGGAUGACCUGCCCAUUGAUCCUCCACAUGUCCCCUUGACUGAGAGGGAGAACAAGCGUAUCUGCCACAAGACCGACCGAACAAUUUUGGUUGUUCUGAUGUGGGUUUAUUUCUUACAAAUUUUGGACAAGACUGUUCUCGGAUAUGGCGCCACUUAUGGCAUGGAGACCGAUACAGGGUUGACAGGAGAUGAAUAUUCUCUGGUUGGCUCAAUCGCCCCCAUCGCCCAAUUAUGCUGGCAGCCAUUUUCUUCCUAUCUCAUCGUCAAAGUCCCUCCUAAGAUCCUGAUGCCCAUCUUGUGUCUUGGUUGGGGAAUUGCUCAGGCAUGCAUGGCUGCUUGCCACAACUUCAGCGAAUUGAUGGCUGCUCGCUUUUUCCUUGGGCUGUUCGAGGCUGGAUGUUUGCCACUCUUCGGUAUCAUCACUAGCCAAUGGUACCUUCGAUCGGAACAACCCGUCCGCAUCGCAGCCUGGUACAGCACCAACGGUUUGGCGACCAUUGUCGCAGCUGCGCUCUCUUACGGCCUAGCGCACAUCAAGUCCGAUGUCCUAGAGUCAUGGCAAAUUAUCUUCCUCUUUGUAGGAUUAGUCACCAUUGUCUCCGCCCCAAUUGUCUACUGGCGCCUGGACAACGACGUCAGCACUGCCCGAUUCCUCAACGAAACCGAAAAGGCCCAGGGCAUGGAGCGUCUGCGCGCCAACCAAACCGGUACCGGAAACACAGACUUCAAACUCAGCCACGUCUACGAAGCCGUCCUCGAACCGAAAACAUACCUGUGGAUUGGAAUGGCCAUGCUGCUGAACAUCGGUGCCAGCGUCACCAAUACAUUCGGACCCCUGAUUCUUGGCGGCCUCGGCUACGACAAGUAUCGCACAAGCCUCCUGACAAUGCCCUUUGGAGCGAUGCAGUUUAUCGCAAUCCUUAUCGCCAGCUGGCUGGCCCAAAAAGCCCGUCUCAAGGGCGCCAUCCUUGCAUCUUUCGUGCUCCCGGUCAUCGCUGGACUCGCCAUUCUAUACGCUGUUCCCCGAACGACUGCCAACCAGGGUGCCCUUCUAGCAGGCUACUACCUACUCGCGUUUUUGUUCGGUGGAAACCCCUUGAUCGUGACUUGGAUUGUUGGUAACACGGCUGGCAGCACCAAGAAGUCGGUUGCCAUGAGUCUGUUCAAUGCAGCCACCUCUUCAGGAAAUAUUGUCGGCCCAUUGCUAUUCACAUCGAAAGAUGCGCCUUCAUAUCACCCAGGCCUGCGGGCAUGCUUGGGAAUUUUCUGCGCCCUGGCAUGCGUUGUGCUUGUCCAGUGGGGCAAUUUAUGGUUGUUGAAUAAGCAGCAAGCUCGUCGCCGUGUCCGGAACGGUAAGAGUGCUAUCAUCAUUGAUCAUUCGAUGCAAUCUCACUUCCGUGGUGUUGAGGAGGGUGAUGUGGAUGGAGUGACUCAUGCCGGCACUCAUGCUGCUGAGGAGGACAUGACUGAUAGACAGAACGAUGAAUUUGUUUAUCUUUAUUAG